UGUGAAUACGAGCUGGCUUUUGUGUGGUGAGUCUCGCUAGCUCGCUCGGUCGCUCGCGCCCCCUCUUUCUCUGUUUCGGCAGCUGAUCCAAGUUCGGUUUCAGUUUGGUAUGGAUUGAUUUGACUCUGCAGCUCGUCGCCGACCCUGAUUUGAUGCUGUCUUGGUGAUAUGCUUCGGUGCGCUUGGAAUUGCAUUGUUAUUUCACGGAGAGUUCCUUUAGUUUUCCUUCACGGCAGUUGAAAAAAUCGUAUCGGUGUUCGUGGCCGUGCUAAUUUUGAGCGUCUGUUUUUAGCGUUGAUUGCGGGUUGUUGAAAGUGUGGUAUUGGCGAGUAGUGCCGCGGAGUUUCUUCUAUGUCUCGUAGCCGACACGAUAGGAAUUAUGAACGAGGGAGAGGGCGGGACUAUGAGGGAGAUAGAGAUAGGGAGAGGGGUGGAGAGCGGGUUAGAUAUAGGGAUAGGGACCGGGAUAGAGCACGGAUCCACGAUAAGGGUGGCGAUAGGGAAAGAGAAAGGGAAAGAGGAAGGGAGAAAGGAGUGAGCAGAGAUCACGAGAGAGGGCGGGAGAAAUUGCGGGCUUUGAGCAGGGACAGAGAUAGGGGUGAGCAUGAGAGAGGGGGCAGGGACCGCGACCAUGGUGGGAUGCACCACCACAGAGAACGGUAUGAUGAGCCAGAGACGAGGCCCGGGCAGCGUUCGAGGUCGAGGUCGAGGUCGAGGUCAAGGUCGCCAAGACACGAGCAGAAGUCGGACAAAGAGAGUCGGAUUGCAAGAAUAACUGAUUCUGUUCGGGAUACCACGAAAAGCCCACGUCGUGAAACAAGCACUGCCGCGAAUGAGGGUGGCAUGAACGUCGCAGGAAACGAGCCAAGUGUUGAUGACGUGGUCAGCAAAAUGGAAGCCGCGAAAGCUGCCUUGGAAGCUAAAGAGAAGGAGAAGGCCCAGCCCACGUUUGAGUAUUCAGGAAAGCUUGCUGCGGAGACGAACAAAGUGCGAGGUGUGACACUAGCAUUUACGGAGCCUCCAGAAGCGCGGAAGCCUUCCAUGAGGUGGCGGUUGUAUGUUUUUAAGGACGGAGAGCCUAUGAAUGAGCCUCUAUACAUACAUCGUCAAACCUGUUACUUGUUUGGAAGAGAACGCAAAGUAGCAGAUGUACCCACGGAUCAUCCUUCGUGCAGCAAGCAACAUGCUGUGAUUCAGUACCGGUUGACUGAGAUAGAGGGCCCCGACGGUAUGAUGGAGAGUAAAGUGAGGCCUUACAUCAUGGAUCUAGGAAGCACAAACGGAACCCAUUUGAAUAAUACUCGCAUUGAAUCACGACGAUACUACGAACUCCGGGAGAAGGAUACUUUAAAGUUUGGAAACAGCAGCCGGGAGUAUGUGUUGCUACACGAAAAUUCUGCAGCCGCGUCUUAGCACAUUGAAGCUAAUUGAUAUUGACGAGUUGGACGUCACGUUGUUGACAGAAGUGCCAACCAAGCUCAUAAUUUUUGAGAGCACUCAAGGUGUUCGGAAUAGUGAAAAGUUCGUAGAUUCGACUUUCUAGAGAGAGUUGCUUGUAACACGUUUAGCAAAACACGCUAUAUGCCAUUACUGAUCGAAUGUAAGAGCUCCUUUGAUUGGUUGGGAUGCCAUUUAGAGAUUGGUUAAGAAUAUAUUACGGAUUACGACCACGAUGGGCAAUUACAAAAUGUGAUUUUUUUGCACUUA